AAAGGCUGUAUCCUCUUGUCCCUAAGCUUUUGAGAAGGACUAUGGCCAUUUUUUCGGUCCUCGUCUUUCUUCGCUUCCUCUUAAUCUGAUUAAUUUUAACCACCGUCGUACCGAUUUAAAAAUUAAAAGGACGGCAAGAUGGCUGAGAUGGGCAAGGGAGUCACGGCAGGGAAAAUAGCCAGCAACAUGCAGAAGAAGCUCACCAGGGCCCAAGAGAAGGUCCUCCAGAAACUUGGCAAAGCGGAUGAAACAAAAGAUGAGCAAUUUGAACAGUGUGUGCAAAACUUUAACAAACAGCUGACAGAAGGAUCCAAGCUACAGAAGGAUCUCCGGACCUACCUGUCUUCAGUUAAAGCAAUGCAUGAAGCCUCCAAGAGACUUACAGAGUGUUUGCAAGAAGUGUACGAACCCGAGUGGCCAGGAAGGGAUGACGCUAACAAAAUAGCUGAGAACAAUGAGCUGCUUUGGACAGACUUCCAUCAGAAACUGGUAGAUCAGGCACUGCUGACUAUGGACACUUAUCUUGGCCAGUUCCCAGACAUAAAGUCUCGCAUUGCUAAACGGGGAAGGAAACUUGUAGACUAUGACAGUGCCAGGCAUCAUUAUGAAUCUCUUCAAACUGCAAAGAAGAAAGAUGAGGCUAAAAUUGCCAAGCCUGUCUCGUUGCUUGAGAAAGCUGCGCCUCAGUGGUGCCAAGGGAAGCUACAAGCGCAUCUCGUAGCUCAGACUAACCUGCUGCGGAAUCAGGCUGAAGAAGAAUUAGUAAAAGCCCAGAAAGUAUUUGAAGAGAUGAACAUUGAUCUUCAGGAAGAACUGCCUUCACUAUGGAAUAGUCGUGUUGGUUUCUAUGUCAACACAUUCCAGAGUAUUGCUGGCUUAGAAGAGAAUUUUCAUAAGGAAAUGGGCAAGUUAAACCAAAACCUGAAUGAUGUCCUUGUGAAUCUAGAGAAAGAACAUGCAACAAGCACCUAUCCUGUUAAAGCCCAGCCAAGAAAGAAAACUAAACUCUUCUCCAGGCUGAGGAAAAAGAUGAGCAGUGACAGCACAAAAGCAAACAAAACUCCUUCAUCUCCACCUGAUGGUACUCCCAUCACCAGCCCUGAAAUCAAGGUCGUCAACCAUGAACCAGAGCCAUCCACUCUGGAAGCUCCUGGAGGAGGCAUCCCCAAGUCUCCUUCUCAGUUGAGGAAAGGCCCUCCUGUGCCACCACCUCCAAAACUCACUCCAUCCAAGGAGAUGAAGCAGGAGAACAUCAUCAACCUGUUUGAUGACAAUUUUGUCCCAGAGAUCAGUGUGACAACCCCCUCACAGUUUGAUGCCCCUGGGUCUUUCCAGGAGGGAGCCAGCCUAUUGGAUCUGGAUUUUGAUCCCAUUAAACCAGAUAACAACCUUGUAGGGAAGUCGCCCACACCUGCUACUCAGGUUGGUUUACCUGUUGUCAUUCCUUCACUCCACAACCAGGCAGUAAAGACUUUAUGGGUUCUCAUGGGGAGAAUUGUAUGGUGUGACUGAUGAACUCUUGGUGAUUAAAACGCAUACUUGAGUCUUGCAUAUAUCUUGUUGAUCAGCAGUAAUAUUUGGUGUUUAUUUAAUGUUUGUCUAUAGCCAAGUUGCAAUAUUACAGAUUUGGUUAAGUCUGAAAUAGUAAUCAGGCUUACCAUAGAGUAUUAUUAGUUAGAGGCUAAUGAGUUAGAUGCUCAUGAUGAUUCCAUAGGCAAACACCCUUCAUCUUGUACUGUAUUUAGUUGUAACUCAGAUUUCUUUGAAAGACAUUUCUUUGAUCCCAUCCAUCCAUCCAAACUUGCCAUCUUCCCCAUUUUGAAUACUGAAAUAUUUAAAGAACUGAAAUUGAUUGAUCAUGGCCCAAUAGGUCAAUAUCUACUGACCACAUAGAAUCAUUAUCUGUAGGAGGAUCUAUUCCUACCUUGGUCUUUCAAGUCUUAACUACUGAAAUGGACUAGCCAAAGCUAUAAACCACGUUACUUAGUUUCAAUGUAUGACAUUACUAAACAUUUUGUGGUCGUUUGGUAUGUUUGCACUUUUUAUGUUGUUUGAAAUAAUAAAGACUUAAUGCUUUUCCCCCAUUGCUUUUUGUUAUGCUUAGUCUUUCUCUUGGGAUUUAUGGGAGGUAAGAUUUCUAUUAAUACGAUUUUCACUGCAAAAUUAUAAUGUAACACUUGAUGUUUGUAAAUGCUACUUUGCACCAUUAUUAUGCAAAGACCAUUAUGUGUAUAUUGAGCCUCUAUUCUCAUUGACGGUACGGUAGUUGCUUGGUUAGAUACUCCCACAGUAGAAACAUAUGGCUAAUUUAAUAGUAAAUUUGUAGUAUAAGGAACAGCAUUAUUUUAUCAUUUUCAUAUUUUAGAUAGAAAAUAUCUUCCUGUUGUGAGCUAUGGCUGGUCAAAAUUUCCUUUUGAAAACAUGGCAGAGAUGUGGAGGAAACCUUAGAGUUUUCUGAUGUCAUUUCUUCUCCCAUAUUCCUAUUUUGGACAUUUUGAUCUCAGAUAUUCCAGCUGUUGCUUUGGAAGUUGGCAAGGAUGAUAGAAAACGGGAUUUUUGAAGAAAUCUCCCUUCUGUUCUGGAGAAAGUUCAAUGCACCCCAU